GGAGCAGUAUUUAAAUUCUGGGAGGUCCUGCUUGUCAGCAGCAAGAAGAGGAGACCAGGAGUACAGCAUCAUCUGAGACUGGGUUCUUCUCUGCCAGCUGCAGACCAAGGAAAAAUCACUACCAUGAGAAUUGCAGUGAUUUGCUUUUGCCUCUUAGGCAUCAUCUCUGCCCUUCCAGUUAAGCAGAGUGAUUCUGGAAGUUCUGAGAAAGAACAGAGUCUUCCAAGUGUGUCCAAUGAAAGCAAUGACGUGGACGAUGUGGACGAUGUCGAUGACGGAGACCAUGCGGAGAGCCGGGACUCCACCGACUCGGAUGACGACGAUCAAAGUCAUGACUCCGAUGAGUCCCAGCAUUCUGAUGAAUCUGAUGAAAUGGUCACUGAUUCUCCCACUGACCUUCCAGCAACCAUAGAUUACACUCCAGUUGUCCUCACCAGAGGCAUAUAUGAUGGCCGAGGUGACAGCGUGGCUUAUGGGCUGAAAUCAAAAUCUAUAAAGUUCUACAGUGCUGAAGACCAGUAUCCUGAUGCCACAAAGGAGGACCUCGCUUCACAAAUGGAAAGCAGAGAGAUGGGUGAUGCUCCCAAGGCGACCCUGGUUGCCCUAAACCUGCAGUCAACUUCUGAUUUGGAUAGCCGUGGGGGAGACAGCUUUGAAAAAAGAGAUAGUAGUCUGGAAAACAAUGGCUUUGAGCAUUCCAAGGAACAUAAGCUGAAAGCAGAUGAUGAGAGCAGUGAUCAUUCCAAUGUGAUCAACAGUCAGAAAAUUCCAGAAGACAGUCAUAGUUCCCACAGUCAAGAAUUCCAGGGCCAUGAAGAAAAGCUAGACCUAGACCCUAAGAGUGUAGAAGAAGAUCAACACCUAAAAUUUCGCAUUUCUCAUGAAUUAGAUAGUACAUCUUCUGAGGUCAAUUAAAAAAAUAAAAAUACAAUUCCUUACUAUGCUUUUAGUUAAAAUUAAAAAUGCAUUAUAGUGGGGUGGGAGAGACUAUGAAGUACUUAUUUCUCAGAUUAGCAGUAAAUGUCUAUGUAUGUGGAUCUAAAAGUAGAUGAUAUUUUUGAUGAUGAGUUCACUUGUAUGGCUUUGUAAACCAAAAGUAACACCCUAGUCAACCAAAAUCUCCAGGUUUGGUCUGUGUUCUUUCUAGAUAACAAAUGCAAACUAUCACUGCAUUUUGUUUGCUGUUCUUCUAUGAAUAGAAAUUCAUGUAGACACAAAUAGUUUUACAAACUUAUAAGAUUUUAUGUCACUUAAAAGUUUAUGUCACUUUUUUAAAUUAGUGUAUAUUUUGUUGUGAUCAUACUUUGUUUCUGCAAAUAAAUCUAACAUCUUAAAUCU